AUUGAACUUCUCUCUUUGACGGAAAUGGUGCGAUGCUCAGUGUACUCAUUCGCCGUCUUUUGUUUUGCCAGCGCGAUGUCGGCAUAUGCUGAUGGACAAAGUGCCUUCACCUCUGAAUCCAGAUGGAAUGUCGAGGUUUCAAAACAUUGGGAUGUUCUAGGUCCUUUCCCAAUACAAGCCAGAGAACAACACUUUAUCUCUCCUUCUUUUCCUUUGAAUCUGUCAGAGCCGAUUGAUCUCGACAAGACUUGGCCAUCAUCUUAUGCAAAUGGCGGUAGGGUUACGUGGAGUUUCGCAAUUCUCGAAGAUAAUGGUGAACUCGAAAUAUCGUUUCCAGACAUAAGGUGGGAAUCCCUCCGUGCAACAGAGGGGUGGGCUGCAUUGCAACAUCACGCUGUGCUUCGCUCUACGCUGACGGUACACCCACCCUUAAAUCCUUCGAAGUCGACUCCUGUUCCGCGGCUGCUCGUACAACUCAUUCAAGGGUCUUAUUUUACCAUUCUGCCCAAGAGCGGGAGAAGAGAACCUCGAUGGUACUCUGGAAAUAUCUAUGCAAUGGAACGGGCGCUACCGCAGGAAGUUCCUCUGCCUACAACCCCGUCGAAUGAUUCUGCGACCCAAUACGACAUCUUCUUAAGUGGAGAUUACGAGAUCAGAUUGUUCGGAGACCCACAUAGUCAAGGUCGCAAAAUCCCUGUCCAAAGUAUCAGUAUUUCCGUGAAAUUUGAUGAUGCACUUGCCAGUGUAGUUCGAGAGUCUACACAAGAUGUCGUGUGCAAUUUCGUGGAUAGCUUUGCUUUUGGAGACGCCAUUGGCAUCGGGUUGCGAAGCGUCCACGGCUGGUGGACCGUUACAAAUGUAUCAACAGAUCCCUCCUCGGGCUUGUUUUUGACUCUUGUACGACCUACUCGAAUAGUAGAAGGACAAACCCGUAUUGUCCCGGUCCGUAUAACCCAGACGCGUCCUUUUAGCCAGGCAUCUAUUGACCUAAAGCUUACACUGACAUCAGGCGCUUCCGAGAUAGUAACAAUCGAAUCGCUACCAGUGGACCAACUCUCUGGUUGGACGGAGUCGGUGUAUUCACCUAUCAAAGGGACCUAUUUCUAUGCUAGAUCGAUGCCAACUGUUUUUACCGCGCUGCCGCCCAGAUAUUCUGGACCUCCAAAACCUCCUAUAUUGGCUCUUCAUGGUGCUGGUGUUGACAUCGUGGAGCAGCCGUUCUGGGCUGAUGCCUUGCCUCGAAACUCGUAUUCAUGGUUUGUUAUUCCGACGGGAAGGACGUCGUGGGGACUUGAUUGGCACGGGCCUAGUACUAAAGACGCUUGGGCGUCUCUUUAUGCCCUGGCCACAAUUCUGGCAGCUAAUAGAGCAUGGCUUCCUUGGAAGCUUGACCAGAAUAUCCCUGUAAUCGUACUGGGACACUCCAACGGGGGUCAGGGUGCUUGGUACGUUGCAUCGAGGUACCCCGAUAGGGUUCUUGGAAUUAUUCCAGCCGCCGCGUACAUCAAGUCUCAGUCAUACGUCCCUCUGACGCUCUCGAGAUCUGCCCGCUUUAUUGACCCCAUUCUGCUCUCUAUAUUAGAAACAUCAUUAACACCCGAUAACAAUGAUUUGUUCUUAACGAACUUGGUUGAUACUCCUGUCCUUGCGGUUCAUGGAGGCAAUGACGACAACGUUCCUGUUUGGCAUAGUAGAGAAUCAGCCGGCAUUUUGGAGAACUGGAAUCCGGCUGCCAACGUAGCAUAUCGCGAGGACGCUGGUCAAGGCCAUUGGUAUUCCACAGUGUUCAACAAUACUCAGGUUACGGCCUUCAUAGACGACCUGAUUGCGUCUUAUCCUGCCGCUAUAAUAUCCUCUAGCAAGUUCAUGUUAACUGUGUCAAUCCCUGCGGAGAGCGGCUCUUUGCACGGGUGGCGUAUUGUUGCUUUGACUAUUCCGGGGAGGUUAGGACGACUCCGUGUAGAGCGUGCAAGUGAUCUAGCCGUCAGAGUGUACACUUCAAAUCUGCAACGGUUUUCAGUCGACACCACCAUAUACAAUACUUCGAACGUCUAUAUAGACAACUCAAAGGUGUAUAUCGAUAAAGACAAAGCAGGGAUCAUACAUUUUGAAGCCGUAGAGCCCAAAGUGUGGAAGACGUCGACACAAAGCGGGACACAACUAUCAGGGCGCAUGCAGACCGUCUUGUCAUCAAAUGGUCCCCUCGUACUCGUGAUACCGGACGACACUGACACCUACCGUCAAGAGUUUUCAGUCGCACAACGCAUCGCCCAUGAUUUGGGGCUCUAUCAUCGGCUGGAUACAGAGAUAAUACGAAGCUCGGAGGCUUCUGAUGCUGAAUUUCUGAGCCAGGGAAACAUCGUCGCUAUUGGGAAUGAAGCCUCAGCAUCUUUCGUGGUGAACGAAAAAAUACCGUUUGAAGCAAAAACAUCUCAACAUCUCAUAUCAUACGAGCCGCAGCAGCCUUUGGAUGGACCAGAAAUAGGGUUACUAUUUCUGCAUUCUCAUCCUCUGAAAGUGGAUGGCAAUAUGGUGAUGAUGCAGUCUACAGACGCAGCUGGUUUGGAAAGGGUUGCACGUCUUUUCCCUAUCCGUACUGGUAUUCUUGUACCGGACUGGCUGAUCGUUGGACCUCUGGCGGAUUCCCAGGGUGCUGGUGGCGUGAUUAGCGCAGGAUUGUGGGGUAGCGAUUGGAGCUGGAACGACCCAAUGUCCUGGACGAGUUGACUGGGAAAGUACAGGUAAAUUUGUAUGUAACGUAAAAUAUGAUCCAUCGGUGUAAUUACGAUUCACAGUACUACAGACCAUUUAUCGAGGCCGAAUGACGCACAGUAUUUGACUUUUUGCUACUCAAGCUACUAUUUGACGCUGGUGCUCGUACUAUACUGAUCUUGCCAUGGCCAGUGAUAAUCUUUCGAUUACUGUUUGGCAGAAUGAAGUUGUCGAGUCAGAGCCCC